AUGUUUUUAUACAUGUGCUCCGUCACGUAUGAAGCGUUGCAAAAUAUAUUGUAGGCUAGUAUAUUUUAAAAUAUAAAUAAAUUAUUGUAAUUCAUUAAUAAAUUAAAAGCAAGAUGCAAGUUUCUUGUCCAAAUAAUGUAAAAAUUUAUAACUUGAGUGUGGGCAAGUCUCUACCCGAGUGGUUGUCCGAAAGAAAAAAACGAAAUUUAAUAAAGAAAAAUGUUGAUAUAAGACGUCGUAUAGAACUUAUACAAGAUUUUGAUAUGCCUGGAGUUAGUACAUCCAUUAAGCUUUCAAAGGAUGGACAAUAUAUUUUAGCAACUGGAAUUUAUAAGCCACGUGUCAAGUGCUUUGAUGUUAACAAUUUAUCAUUAAAAUUUGAAAGAUGUUUUGACUCUGAGGUAAUCACGUUUGAAGUGCUAUCAAAUGAUUAUAGCAAAGUUGUAUUUUUACAAUGUGAUAGGAACAUUGAAUUUCAUGCUGCUCAUGGCAAAUAUCAUCGACUUAGAAUACCUCGAUUUGGUAGGGAUAUGAAGUACCAUUAUCCAUCAUGUGAUCUUUUUGUCAUAGGUGUUAGUAAUGAAAUCUACAGAAUAAAUUUAGAAAGAGGACAAUUUUUACAAUCGUUUGAAUCUGAGGCAUCUGCAUUAAAUAAGUGUGAAAUAAAUCCAUUGCAUCACUUACUUGUAGUUGGAACACAGGAUGGAAAAAUAGAAGCUUGGGAUCCACGAACAAAAAAUAGAGUGGGUAUAUUGGAUUGUGCAUUGCACUGUGUACUUCAAAAUGAUAGAUUGAAUGCAGUUCCUUCCAUUACUGCUCUGAAAUUUCAAGAUGGUUUAACCUUAGGUGUAGGUACAUCCAAUGGAAAAGUUUUAUUAUAUGAUGUCAGGUCAUCUAAGCCAUUUUUAUCCAAAGAUCAUGGAUAUGGUUUACCUAUUAAAAGUAUUGAAUUCCAUAAAAAAAUAGAUGUUAUUUAUUCUAUGGAUAGUUCUAUAAUAAAGAUAUGGGAAAAGGAAAAUGGAAAAUUAUAUACAUCCAUAGAAGCGGAAAACGAUUUUAAUGAUUUAUGUGUCAUACCAGAUACAGGAAUGGUUUUAAUAGCGAAUGAAAAUACUAAAAUGCAAACAUACUAUAUUCCUAGUCUUGGGCCAGCACCUUACUGGUGUAGUUUUCUAGACAAUCUUACAGAAGAAUUAGAAGAAUUAAAUUAUGAUAUUAUCUAUGAUGAUUAUAAGUUUGUUACUGAAAAGGAAUUAGAUGAAUUAGGCCUUUCUCACCUGAAAGGCACUAAUUUACUACGAGCUUAUAUGCAUGGUUACUUUAUAGAUAUCCGUUUGUACAGAAAAGCUAGAAAUGUAAUUAAACCAUUCGAAUUUGAAGAAUAUAAAAAAAAGAAGAUACGACAAAAGAUAUUAGAGACAUGUGGUAGUAGAAUACAAGUUCAACAAUUGCCUAGUGUCAACAAAGAGCUGGCUUUAAAAUUAAUGGAGGGUGAAAUGAAUAAAAAUUCUAAAAAGAAGAAGAAAAUUACAUCCAAUAUUUUGAAAGAUGAUCGUUUCAAAGCAUUGUUUAACAAUCCAGAUUUUCAAGUUGACAAAAAUUCUGAAGAAUAUGCAUUAUUAAAUCCUGUUAUCUCACAACUUGAAAAAAGCAGAGCGAAAAAGAUGAAAGUGGAACAUCAAGAGCAAUUAAAAACGGAAGAUUAUUUGUAUAAUAAUGAAAAUGAAGAUAGAAAUUCGAGCUCAGAUGAGAGUUUCAUACAUGAAGAUAGUUCAGAUGAUGAAAAGACAUGGGUGAAAGAUGUACGGAAGCAAUAUAGAUUAAUAAAGAGAAGUCGACAGAAAGAAGAAGAAAACAAUGAAAGGUCAAAGCACAAUAUGGAAAUACUAAAUAAUCAACCAAAUCUUUAUGAAAUUAAGGAAGAUGUAGAAUUUAGAGAAGCAAAACCCGUUGCUAGUAAACGGAAUAAAUCCACUUUAGGAGAAAGAUUACAAAAUGAAGAAAUACAUAAUUUAAAUGUAUCUGGAUCACGUGGUAGUAGAGAAAUGACCUUUAUUAUAGGAAAAAGAAAACGAGAUACGAAAUCAAAACAAACAGUAAAAAAACAUAGAAAAGAAUAUAAGCAUCUUCUACGACCGGCUGGAAAUAUUCACAAAAUAAAACAUUAACAUUGAUUUAUGUAUAAUUAGCUUAAAUAUAAAUAAAAUAAUUUUUUAUUCACUGUU